AUGGAAGAUUGGAAGACUGUCGCAGUCGUGCUGAUGUGUGUCAAGCAGGUGCCAGACUGCCAGGCGUUCUUUGCCCAGAGCCGAAAGGAUUGGGCCAAGCGAGCCUGGCAGACUGCGAUGCAGGCUGUACAGAAGGCCAUGCAGCAGGGAGAUGUCUUCAUCCCCAGCGACCAUGAGGAGAAUCGGCAGAUCGCCAACAUCUUUCUGCCCCUCCGGCGCUCCCCGGCGCCGCCCAAGCCGGGGAAGAUGUCGAGGAGGCUGCUGGUUGCUUCAGUCCCCGGCGGCCCCGGAGAAGAGGAGGUCGGGCACAUUCAGGUCAUUGAAGAGGCGCUCCAGCGCGGCGAGAUCUUGGAGCGCGCCGCUGAGCCCUUCGUGCGCAUCGGCAGCGCGCCGGACCCCCUGGGACGCGCACGGCUGCUGCACGAGCUGUGCUGCGUCGGCGUGGACACCUUCGCGCCGGGCGCCGGGGAUGUGAAAGUUCAAGCCGUGGCAUACAGCGAGGAGCAGCAGCGCUUCGACUGGCAUUGCAGCCCAGAUGAAAUCCCUUCACCGCAACAGUUUCGUCGGCGGGAUCUUAUCUUGGAUGAGGGCCACGACGCGCACGCCCGGGCUUGGGCCCGGGAGUGGGCUCGGGCGGCCUUGGGAGCGAGCCGGGAGGAGGAGGCAUUGUGUCUCGUCGGUUGCUGCACGGGGGCGUUCCUGGCCUUUGCGAUCGCGAGAGCGCUUAUCGAGGACUUCAACGUCACGCCCGCGGCCCUCUUCCUAGUGAACCCUACGCCAAGGUUUCCUUGGUGUAGCACUGCACUUCCGGCUGUACUACGGGACUGCGCCGUCCACGUGCUCGUGGAUGGCACGGCGACCUACGGACCUCCCUGGCGCUACGAGGUGUCUACCAAAGGCUCCUUCUCAGUGAAGCGCUACACGAAUGUGCAGGACAUGGCCGAGCAGGUGCUCCAAGGAGUGAGAAACGCCUGA